UCCUAGUACCUAGUUUUGGUGCUAUAAAUAGAGAGCUUGGAGAGUCUUUCUAUCAUCAAGCAAUUUAGAUCAUAGAUUAGAAUACCACAACCAAGUUUGAGUUGUGAAUAUUCUUGAGAGAUAUGUGAGUUGUUUUGAGAGUUUUUAGUUAGAGCUUGUAUGUCUCUUCUUUCUAUUCUUGAAAGUAAUAGAAGUGUUUUUCUCUCAUAUUAGCACGAUCCUGUUAUUCCCAACAAGUGGUAUCAGAGCCUGGUUGAGCUUUUGAUAUUUUUCCCAGAAUUUUUCAGAUAAAAUUCUACUGUCUGAAAAAUCGAGUUUUUCAGUAUUGCUCGGAAUUGCAAUCUGAAUAUACCGUUGGAUUCGUCUCGUCGAGACGAGAAAACUGGUAUUUUUGGGGAAUUUUUUGGCCACCGGAAGAUGCCGUACGCGCCGCCAAACGCCGGCCAAAAAAUGCCUGCGUCAUGCUGACGUCAUCACGCGCAGACAGAGGUUGAAGACAGCUGACGUCAUCGCUGACGUCAUCAGCCAGCCAGAGCUGCGCCAGCGACACGUCAGCGCCACAUGUGCAGUCCCAGCACAGUCAGCCGCCACGUCACCAGUCAACUGCCAACUUUCACCAACGCCCAGUCAGCUGCCACGUCAUCGCCCAGUCACCGCCACGUCACUGCCACGUCACUGCCACGUCAUCUGCCACGUCACCGGUCAGUUUGUAAUUUUGAAAAUUUGCAGUUUGGUCCCUCAAUUUUUGGAAAAUUAUAAUUUCCACCUAUAAUUUUUCGAAAAUUGUAUUUUGACCCCGAAAGUGCCUACCCACCACUUUCGGCCGUUCCGGACGCAACGGUGCUGCCCGUUUUUCGAAAUUCAGCUCCGAUUUUUCUGAAACAGAAAAUCAAAAUUAUUUAGAAGGUGAAAAUGACCUUUGACGAGUCAACUUCAUCUUCCGGAGCUAUGAUUAUGCUCACGGCUACCAACUACACGCUAUGGAAACCUCGGAUGGAAGAUUUCCUUAGCUGUAAAGACCUUUGUGAUCCAAUAGAGAUGAAAGGUAUUAAUCCUGACCCUGCUAAGUCAACGGAAUGGAAGAAAAUUAAUAGAAAAACUAUUGGUCAAAUCCGACAAUGGAUUGACCAUAGUGUCUUCCACCAUGUUGCACAAGAAAUCGAUGCUUAUGCCCUCUGGAAGAAGUUAGAAGAUAUGUACCAGGCCAAGACCGCAAGGAACAAGGCCCUACUGAUGAGGCGCCUAGUAAAUAUGAAGCUCAAAAGUGGAACUUCUGUUGCCGAACAUACUAGUCAAUUUCAGAGUCUGGUAAAUCAACUAUCUUGUGUAGAAAUGCCACUUGGAGAUGAAAUGCAAUCUCUACUACUUCUUAGUUCCCUUCCUGAUAGUUGGGAGACACUAGUUGUUACUCUCAGCAACUCAGCCCCAGAUGGCAAACUUACCAUGUCUGUGGUCAAGGAUGCACUGUUCAAUGAGGAGGCAAGAAGGAAAGACAUGAGCACAGAUGAGACUCAUGCCCUUGUGACGGAGAAUCGAGGAAGAUCACAAGGAAAGCAACAAAGAAACAGUAGAGGAAAGUGGCAAAGCAGGGGCAAAAGUCGGGGGAGAUCAUCAGAUGGCCGGAAACCUUCUUAUACCUGCCACCAUUGCGGUAUAGAGGGUCACAUGAAGAAGAAUUGCUACAAAUUGUUAGAGGAGCGAGGCAAGAGCAAUUCUCAAGCGAAGAGCAAGGGUGGUGAAGCGCUCAUCACAAUCUCAGGUGAUGUGGCGUAUUGUACUAUCAAUGAUGAAACAUGCCUUCACGUCUCAAGAGAGGACACUGAAUGGGUGGUAGAUACUGUAGCAUCCUACCACGUUACUCCCCACAGGUACUACUUCACAACUUACAAAGCUGGAGACUUUGGAGCAGUGAAGAUGGGCAAUUCCAGUUCAUCUGAAAUAGCUGGAAUUGGUGAUGUACAAAUAAAGACGAGUUCUGGGAGCACAAUCACUUUGAAGGAUGUCAGACAUGUUCCAGACCUUCGUCUCAAUCUCUUGUCAGUGGUAUGUCUUGACGAACAGGGGUAUGAAAACCACUUUAACAGGGGCACCUGGAAAAUGUCAAAGGGCGUUUUGACAAUCGCUCGAGGACAUGUUUGUGGCACAUUGUACAAAACUCAUUUGAGGAUUUGUACGGAUAGCCUCAAUAUUGCUGAGGAGACUACUCAGAAUCUGUGGCAUCUGAGGCUCGGCCACAUCGGUGAGAAAGGGCUGACUACCUUGAUUAAGAAGAACCUUAUCAACAUCGACAAGAAUGCUGCACUGGGUCUUUGCAGUCAUUGUCUGUUUGGUAAGCAUCAUAGAGUAUCAUUUAGUUCUACUUCAGCUAAAAGAUCAGAGUUGUUAAGUUUGGUACACUCCGACGUCUGUGGUCCUUUCGAGGUGGAAUCAAUCGGUGGAAGCAGAUAUUUUCUGACUUUUAUCGAUGAUGCUUCUCGGAAAGUAUGGGUGUAUUUCCUGAUUACGAAGGAUCAGGUAUUUGAGUGCUUCAAGACAUUUCACGUCUUGGUGGAACGUGAAACGGGAAAGAAGCUGAAAUGUCUCCGAUCUGAUAAUGGAGGCGAGUAUACUUCCAAGGCGUUCGAUGCAUAUUGUAGAGAAUAUGGCAUUCGACAUGAGAAGACAGUACCACGCACCCCUCAGCACAACGGCGUUGCUGAAAGAAUGAACCGGACUAUCAUGGAGCGUGUCCGGAGCAUGCUGAAUAUGGCUAAGCUUCCGAAGUCAUUCUGGGCAGAAGCAGUCAACACCGCAUGCUAUCUUAUCAACCGAUCACCUUCAGUACCACUGAACUUUGAAGUUCCAGAGAGGCUAUGGACAGGUAAGGAUCCUACAUACUCACAUCUUAGAGUAUUUGGUUGUUCAUCAUAUGCACAUGUAUCCAAAGAGCUCAGGCAGAAGCUCGAUGCAAGAACUAUCCCAUGCAUUUUCGUUGGCUAUGGAAAUGAAGAGUUUGGAUACAGGCUAUGGGAUCCUAAGGAGAAAAAGGUGUUCAGAAGUAGGGAUGUUGUGUUCCACGAAGAUUUGACAAUAGAAGACAUUGAAAAACCCACAAUGUCUCGGAAGUCAAAUGAGGGUGCUCAAGUUUCAAAUGAAGCACCAGAAGAGGACGAAGUGCAUGAAGAUAACUCGGAAGCAGAAGAACACGAGGAGACAGAAGAGAGUGCAGGGCAAGGGGAGACACAAUCCACCCCGCCAGACACAGAUGAUGGUAGCUCUUCUCAUAUGGUCCCUACUGUUCGUAGAUCUGAACGAGGGCAUAUACCAUCGACAAGGUACACAUCAUCUGAAUAUCUUUUGUUAACUGAAGAUGGAGAACCAGAGAGUUUUCAAGAAGCUGUAUCUCAUAAGGAUAAAGAAAAAUGGCUAAUAGCAAUGCAGGAUGAGUUAGAAUCUCUGCAGAAAAAUCAAACUUAUGAGAUCGUAGAACUUCCUAAAGGCAAGAAGGCACUAAGGAACAAAUGGGUGUUCAAGCUGAAGAAGGAUGCAAGCGGACAAGUGGUGAAACACAAAGCUCGGUUGGUUGUCAAAGGGUUCCAGCAGAAGAAAGGAAUUGACUUUGAUGAGAUUUUUGCACCAGUUGUCAAGAUGACCUCAAUCCGAGUUAUACUUGGCUUGGCAGCAAGUAUGAACUUAGAGCUUGAACAGAUGGAUGUGAAGACAACAUUUCUUCACGGAGAUUUGAAAGAAGAAAUCUACAUGCAGCAGCCGGAAGGUUUUGAGAACUCAAAUGAUAACUUUGUGUGUAAGUUAUCUAAAAGUUUGUAUGGCUUGAAGCAGGCACCAAGGCAAUGGAAUAAGAAGUUUGACUCAUGCAUGAAGAGUCAAAGCUACAAGAAGACUACUGCAGAUGAGUGUGUAUACAUCAAGAAACUUCCAGACGGUACCUUCAUUGCUCUUCUACUAUAUGUAGACGACAUGUUGAUCGUUGGGAAAGAUGCAGUGAAGAUAAACCAACUGAAGAAAGAACUCUCUAAGUCUUUUGAUAUGAAGGACUUAGGACCGGCUCAACAGAUUCUUGGGAUGCAGAUCACUCGAGACAGGAAGAAUCGCAAGUUAUGGCUAUCUCAGGAGAAGUACAUUGAACGAGUACUUGAGAGAUUCAACAUGAAUGAUCCAAGGAAGAGAUCGGGGAGAUGUCAGCAGUUCCAUAUUCUUCAGCAGUUGGGAGUUUGAUGUACGCCAUGGUAUGCACAAGGCCAGACAUCGCACAGGCAGUGGGUACAGUGAGUCGUUUUCUCUCUAACCCCGGGAAGGAGCAUUGGGAGGCAGUCAAAUGGAUUCUCAGGUACUUGAAAGGUACCACGAAGUUAUGCCUUUGUUACGGAGGAGCUGAUCCAGUCUUGGAAGGCUACACAGAUGCUGAUAUGGCUGGAGAUACUGAUAGUAGAAAGUCUACUUCAGGAUAUAUUUACACUUUUGCAGGGGGAGCCGUUUCUUGGCAAUCAAGAUUGCAGAAGUGUGUCGCUUUAUCUACAACAGAAGCAGAAUACAUUGCUGCCGCUGAAGCAGGUAAGGAAAUGUUGUGGCUAAAGCGCUUUCUCCAAGAACUUGGGAUCCAGCAGAAAGAGUAUAAGGUACAUUGUGACAGUCAGAGUGCUCUAGACUUGAGCAAGAACUCCAUGUACCAUUCUCGUACAAAGCAUAUUGACAUUCGGUAUCACUGGAUACGGGAGACGAUUGAUCAACAACUGUUGAGACUAGUGAAGAUCAAUACAAAGGAGAAUCCAUCAGACAUGCUGACGAAGGUGGUGACACGAGAUAAGCUAGAGCUAUGCAGAGACAUAGUCGGGAUGCUUGUUUUGAAUAUGCCUGGAAGGGGAGAAUUGAAGAAUUCAAUUUCCAGGUCAUAUCCAAGUACAAGCAAAUUGAAGAAUCCAAUUGUGAGCAACAUCCAUGAAACUUCCUCCAUGUGCAAGUAUGUCUCUGGGAAGUUUCCUCACACCAAACAAACACCUUCCUCACACCUCCAUUGAAGCUUCUCCUAAGCUUCCACCCAUCUUCCUCCCACAUUCCUAGUACCUAGUUUUGGUGCUAUAAAUAGAGAGCUUGGAGAGUCUUUCUAUCAUCAAGCAAUUUAGAUCAUAGAUUAGAAUACCACAACCAAGUUUGAGUUGUGAAUAUUCUUGAGAGAUAUGUGAGUUGUUUUGAGAGUUUUUAGUUAGAGCUUGUAUGUCUCUUCUUUCUAUUCUUGAAAGUAAUAGAAGUGUUUUUCUCUCAUAUUAGCACGAUCCUGUUAUUCCCAACACAUAUUAUUAGACUGUUUAAUUUAUCCACUUUCCAUCAUUAUUGUUGUAUCCACUUGCCAACUUUUACCUAUUUGCCUGUCAUCUAAUUAAAGGAGUGUUUGCAGUUGAUUAAAAAAAGCAUUUUUCAGCUUUUGGCUUAAAAAAGUUAAAAGGGAUGUUUUCAAAUGACAGCUUCUGCUUAAAUUAAUCACUUAAAAGCUAAAAGCUGGAAGCAGGUGGAAGAGUGCUUUAAACUGCUUUUCACUUUUUCUAUUACACAAAAAGUACUUAUUUUACCAAACACUACCAACUUUUACUUUUUCAUAAUCACUUUUUCCUCAAACACUACCAACUUUUACUAUUAAUCACUUUUCCCAAAAUCACUUUAAAAAAUCACUUUUUUAAAGUUGAAGCAAUUGCAAACACUCCCUAAAUAUCGCCUCUAACUUGUUCCAAUCUAAUGUGGGCUAUUACUUCAACUAUUACGAGUCCAUUUAUGUGUGGGCUUGCCAUUUAACGAUUAGCGGAUAAUAGAUUGUGUUAGGGAUGGACCUGAUCAAGUUUGGAACAUGACCCGCGUUAUGAAACGAGAAGGUGCUUAAUUGCAGGGUGGGCCUGAUCAAGUUUGGACGCGAUUAGGGAUGGCCUCGGGCCGGUUCGGGGCCGGUUCGGGCCUAGGCCCGGCCGGGCCUCGGUUCAGAAAAAUGAGGCCCGAGCCAGAACCGGUGGUGGGCGGUUCCGGGUCCAGUUCCGGGUCCGGUUCCGGGCCAGACCGGGCCGGGCCACCCGGAUUUUUAAUUUUUUUCUUCUUCUUCUCUUAUUUAACCCCCUACCCCUCCCCCUCCACCCCAAACCACCUCAAAUGGCCCAAAAUACCUAAUCCAACCCAAAACUUUAGCAAAUUUCAAAAAAAAAAAAAAUUCCGGCCCGAACCAGGCCCGAACCGGCCGGGCCGGUUCACCAAAACAUAGGCCCGAGCCCGAACCGCCCAAAGGCCGGGCCGGUUCGACCCGAACCGCUGGGCCCACCGGUUCCCGGGCCGGGCCGGGCUCAACAGUAACCGGGCCGGGCCGAUUCCGGGUCGGGCCGCCCGGCCCGAGUCCAUCCCUAGACGCGAUAUGAACCGAGAAGGUGCUUAAUUGCAUUGGGGUGGACCUGAUCAAGUUUGAGACAUUAAAGGUGCAAUUCCGAAUCCUAGCCGUGUAGAGUUCAAGAUUUCAAAUUAAACCGAAUUCAGUUGGGUUCCAAAAUUUGUUAUGAUCCAAACAAUGAAACAAAAUUGGUUCUGAUCCGAGACAAGGAAACAAGUAGUUCCAAAGCUAGGACUAGAUCAUGCCCUAGUUACACUAGUGGAUUUGGUUUCAUGGUCUCUCCUUCCCGUUUUCAUUAAGAGCUAAACAGGUAAUCUUUUGAGCAUCUCAUUGGACCGUUUUGAGAGUAACUUCACUUAUUGAUCGAACACAUACUUAGUGUUUAUCUUAGCUUUUAUUCGAACUUAUUUACGAUUUAUUAAAUUUUGUAAAUUUCAAUGAUAUUGCUAAAUAAUAAUUUGUAACUGUAAAUCAAAGGCUUCCUACUUCUGCUAAACAUAGCCCCUAGGGCUAUUGUUAAGUAAUAAUGAGAAAUGAAUAUUCUCCAUUCUUAGCAUUUCAAUAGCAAAUAGUUUAUCAUUAAAUGCCAAUAGUCCAUCACCAAUAAAGAUUGUGGUUCACAUUUUCCUAACAUAAAUUACUCUCUUACUAGUUGCUCUUUCUGUAAAGGUUAGAAAACUUAUCAUUGGGGAUUAGAAUUAGUUGCAGGGCCAGUGACUAGAUAAUUUAAGAAAAGUGUCUCUCUUAAAGGAACAACUAUCUGCAAAUAUAAACAAAGUCAAGUCACUGAGAUAGAAGAUAACAUGUCACUUUUAGUAAGACCUGGGUCACAAUUACGAAUGGACUGAGACAUGCCGGCCUGCCCUGGUACUGCCCGACCCGGCCCAAUCGGGCGGUACCGGGACUUUGGGUCCGAACCAGCAGUUUAUGGGGAGCGGGCUACGGAGUACGGGCCCUGAUUUUAGUGGACCGGGCCCAGCCCGGACCAUUUUUUAAUGUGUGACAUUGGGUCGCUGCUAGGUGGGUUGUACUGGGUGUUUUGAAAGGGUUUGGGGGUGGCAGGGUAGGAAUAAAUUCUAAAAGACUAAUUUAAAAAAUAAAAAAUUGACCUGACCCAGCCCGGGCCCAGUUCAAACUCAGACCGGUACCAGGCCUUCAUCCCAAAGCCCAAGUCCCGCCCAAUCCCGGCCCGGAGCCCAUCUCGACCCAGGCCCGGUCCAUGCCUAGUCACAACCAGGGGAGAAUUGGUCACUAGAGCAAAGGCCAACUGUAACAUACAAGCAGCAAGCUUUGGUAGAUCCAUGAUGGGCUCACAGGCGCCAGCAGGCACAACAAAGGUUACCAAACUGUGGUAUUAGAGCAAAGAUGGGCUCAAGGGCAAAGGUUAUUGGCAAGGCACGACGCUGGGUUUUGGAUAAUGUAACUUGUCAUUUAAUGUUGUAAUGCAUAAAAUGUAUGCGAUUUUAUUAAGUUUAGUUUGAAGAGAAAAUGUAUAUACUACGUAUUUGACUUUGUUCCAACUUGCAACUGAUUUAAUUGCAUUUAAUUUGAUUUUAAAAUAAAAAUUAAAAGAUCAUCAUUGUGGCCCUAACGUUUGAAAUAGUACCCCAUAGGCCCAUUACAUUGCAGCCCUAAACGGCUAACCCAUUAACAGUAACAUUUUAAUAACAAUAGUUACUUGAAUAUAUCAUCAACUAAUCAGAACCAGUGAGGCACCACACCAAUGACUUGAAGUGAGAUAAACAUUUGAAUUCGUAUUUUCGUACUAGAGCACUAAAACCUCAAAAAAAAACAUGUACUCUGUUUUAAUAUGGUUGUAAAUAGAUAAAUUCUUUUCUUGAUGUAUAAACGUAUAAAGUUUACAUCAUUAAAAAUUAAAAUAUUGGAACCAAUCUUUAUCAUAAUAAAUCUGAUUUAUACAUCAUGCCUGAGCCGGAUCAUGUCCACCCCUAGUCCCUACUCAUAUUAAAUCGACACAAAACUAACAUUAAUCAAACUGAACACAAACAACGCAGUUAUCAGACGUAGAUUAUUAACAAUUAAACAAAUGACAUAUAAAAUAAGAAAGCCAUAUUUGCUUUCAAGUAAUGCCAAUCCCCCCAGCAACCCUGCCUUCACAGGUUUGGCAUAUCCAAAAAACCUCCAGCUCAUAGAUAACCAUAAGUCAAGCACUAAGGCAUUGACUGGAUUCAUAAAACUAGAUUCAAAUAUACACAGUAUUUGCUACAAAAUUGAAAGAUGACUCUUACUAUAUGCACCUGGACGUAAUCAGCUGAGUUUUUCACGUUGAGCGCCUGCAGUAUGUGAUUCUUCAAUGUGCCUUGUAAGCAAUGAUAUACUAUGAUGUGAUGCACUUGAAGCAGCAUAAUAUGAGGUCACAGUGAGCUGUGUAAAUUUUGGAAGCGCAUGACC